AUGAAGAUUCUCAGUACUGUUUCCGCCAACGCUUUUACUGUCUUGUUGCUCCUAGGGGCUGUCGUGCAAGGAUAUGUGCUAAAAUGUGCCACUGGCAAAGAGUUCGAUAACGGACUUAUAGAAGAAUAUGCAUCAAAAGCUCAAUUCAGUUUACAUCGUAUCGGUUACCCCAUAGGUCCUGAUGGGGAAAUCUGCAAGGCCUAUGAGUUCGAUAUCCCAUUGGCAGAUACCAGAGAUACAGAUUAUUACCUAGUCCAAGUUUGUGGCGGUAUGGAGGGCCACAGACUAUAUGAAUCGUACAAUUAUAAAUGGACUCAAUGUAAAUAA